AUGAGGAGUCUACCGCCUAUUAUUGGAAUAAAAUCAGAUGGACCAGUAGGCACUUUUUGUAGUCGUAUAAAUCGUAGGCAUCUAAUUGGUGCUUCACUAAUAUUUCUUGGUCUACUGUCAACUGCACUUCUAAUUACUGUGAUUGUUCAAGCAAAAAAUCGUGGCCAAAGCAAUGAAUACUGUAUCAAUCGAGGAUGUCUUUCAGCAUCAACACAUCAAUUAAGUUUUAUGGAUACUACAGCAUUAGCUGACCGUUGCACAGACUUUUAUAAAUAUGCAUGUGGUGGUUGGCAACAAACUCAUCCAAUUCAAUAUUUUGAUACUGAACGAACAAUACUCAGUGAUAUCAUUGUUCGACGUGAUGCUGAUAUUGAACGUCUUCUUAAUUCACCUAUUUCCCGUGAAUCUGAAAAAAGUUGGGAAUAUAAAGUUAAAACUUAUUAUACAGAAUGUAUAGAUGAUUAUGCACGUGUGCCGGAUAGUGGUAAAGCAAUGGUAGACUUAAUCAGUGAUCCUGAUGCAGUCAAUGGUUGGUUUCUUAUUGAUAAUGGUGCUCCAAAUGCUAGUCAAGACUCUUUACUAAAACCUCAAACUGUUUUUGAACAAAUAUCACGUAUACAUGGCAAUUUUGGUGCAAAUAUUGUCUUUGGUUUACGUGUAAGAUUUGAUGAUACAGAUUCAAAUAUUAAACGACUUGAAUUCUUUGCAGCUGGCUUAACAUUGGAAAUUAAUGAUUAUCUUCGAAAUGAUUCAGUAUCACAAACACAUCUUUCAGCUUAUCGAAGAUAUAUAUCGAAAGUGUUAAGUUUACUGGUGAAAGAUGCUGAAGUAAACGAUGGAAAUCUUUAUGAUCGUAUUGAUACUGUUGUGCAGGAUAUAAUUCUUGUUGAACAAACUUUAGCCGAAGCUCAUCAAAAAAGUUUAAAUAAUGGUGAUAAAAUAACAUUAAUGACUUUAAAACAAAUGUCUGAUCAAUAUAAAUUUGACUUUAUUGAAUUAAUGGGAAGUGAACUAGGUGAUCCGAGUGUUGUAUCUGAUAUAACAUUAGUUUACGUUACAAAUCAUAUAUAUUUUAAUGAAGCAUUUGCAUUCUUAUCAAACAACAAUGAACCAAGAUUUGCUCGAGCUAUUCAUAAUUAUAUGCGAUGGAGACUUGUUCAAACAUAUAUUAAUGAUCUUUCAUAUGAUUAUAUGCAUGCAUAUCGAGUAUUUCUUAAUGAAUAUUAUACUCAUGUAUUACAUUCAACUAAUGAAGCUUAUUGUACACGUGAAGUUAUACGAAGAUUUCCACUUGCUAUUCAACGUUUAUAUACAAUGAAUACAAUAAAAAAUUCAAAUACAAUAGAAACUGUUCAAAAAAUUUUCGAUGCAUUAAAAACUGGAUUAAAGAAAUAUAUUAAUGAACAAGCAACAUGGAUGACUGAUGAAACAACAAAAACAAUAGCAAGACAAAAAGUAGAUGCACUUACAGCUGCUAUUGGUUAUGCUAGUAUUGCUUCAAAUGAUACACGUCUGGAUGAUUAUUAUGACAGAUUUGCUGUUAGACCACGUUCUCACUUUGAAAAUGCAUAUGGUUAUCAUCGAUUUCAUGCGUGGACUAUAUUAAAUUCAUUAUUAGAUCCUAGUCAACUUGAUCAUUGGGAUCUUUUUGAAACACGAACAAGUCGACUUUUUGAUUAUAUUGCAAUAUUUAAUCGCCUUUUUGUUAUUGCCAGUGCUAUGAAUGCACCACUUGUUAAUACUGAAUGGCCAUGGCAAGUUUUUUUAUUUUUAUGGUUUUAUCUAUCUAAAGAAGUCAAGAUAAAUAUGGGUUCAUUAGGUGUUCUACUUGCUCAAAAACUCUUUGGUAGUAUCGAUGGGCCAGAAGGUCGUGUACAUGCAGCUAAUGGAACACGAAUACCUGAUUGGUGGUCAACAUCAACAGACAAUGCAUAUAAUAUAAGCCGUCAAUGUAUAACUGAUUAUUAUGUACGUGAUAUACAAACUCUUUCGUAUAUUGUAUAUGGUACAAACGUAUCAGUUAGACUUGCUGGUGAACCAUUUUCUCCAACAACACUUCGACAUAUUGGUGCUCUUCGUUUAGCAUAUACAACAUUGAAAGAAAAGGAUCAAAUGAAAUCAUUAAAAAUGCCUGGUACAAAUUUAACAAGUGAACAAACAUUUUUUCUUGCUUAUGCUCAAACACAAUGUUAUAAACGCGAAGACUUAAUUCAAUUUGUAGCAACACAAUUAGGUAUUUAUGAUGAAAGAACGGCAUUAAAUGCUGCACUUAUCCAUAUGCCAGAGUUUUCAGAAGCAUUUCAAUGUAAAGAAAAAGUUAAUAAAUGUUUUUGA